AUGCGUACGCGCGUCCCCGAGCUUGUCCGGCUCCGGGCCUCCCGGAAAGACCACGCCCACUUGAGGGUAAAGGGCCACGAGAGGGGGGCGGAAGCUUGGGAGCUGCAGGGUGGCGCAGGUGCAGGCACAGGGCGGUGUCUUUGUUCUUUCGCUCAUCCCUCCCCUCCCCUUUCCUCCCCGGAAACCAGCAACUUUGCCACCACCAGUAUUGAGGAUGCUGAGCUGCGGGGGCCAGGCCCAGGGAGGGGUGGGAGUAAGGGGGGCUGCGACAGCUGUCAGGCCAUAAACCAGGCUGACCCCUCGGCUCAGGGCAGCCUGCUUGCAGACUCGGCUCCCACAUCAGCAGUCAUGAACGGAGGUCACAACAGCACGGAUCUGCUAGUGCCUGGAAUCCCCUCUGUGACUCAGGCCUGGGGACUGUGGGCCCUCUUAGGGGCUGUGACGCUGCUGCUUCUCAUCUCACUGGCUGCACACUUGUCCCGAUGGACUAGUAGCCAGAGCAGGAGCCAUCCAGGACAGGGACGCUCUGGAGGCUCUGUGGAAGAAGUCCCCCUGUAUGGGAACCUGCAUUAUCUGCAGACAGGACGGCUGUCUCAAGAACCAGGGCCAAACCAGCAGGAUCCAACACCUGGAGGCCCGGCCAGGGCUGCAGAGGAGGUGAUGUGCUACACCAGCCUGCAGCUGCGGCCUCUUCAGGGCCGGACUCCCAGCCCUGGAGCCCCUAUCAAGUACUCAGAGGUGGUGCUGGACUCUGAGCCAGAGCCCCAGGCCUUGGGCCCCGAGCCGGAGCUCUACGCCUCAGUAUGUGCCCAGACCCGCAGGGCCCGGGCUUCGUUCCCAGACCAGGCCUAUGCCAACAGCCAUCCUGCACCCAGCUGAGGUGGAGGGCUGGCACAGUGCGGCAUGCAGCACCCCAGCCUCCUCUGUUGCAGAGGUUACUGCUAUCCUGUCCGGGGCAUGGCUGUUUCCCAACCAACCCCCAACGACUGGCAGCCAUUGUCCAGUCACUGGAGGUGAUGUUCCCCCAAACUUGCUGUCUGAGCUGUGAGGGAGACAUCUCAAGGGAACCACAGGCCCCCAGUUUCUUGAGGGUGGAGGAAGCAACAGCAGUGGUCCCCUCCCCGCCUCUUUUUAUCUCUAUAUAUCCG